AUGUUGAACCGAGGGUAUACCCUCGCUCUAUAUAGCAUCCUCCACACAGUGGAUGCAUCGACCAUAGACCCCACAGCCAUCUCAACCCCCAACUAUGUCUUAGACUACGCCCCUCUAGUCUGGCUCCACAAAGAAGACCCAUACAUGCCCUCCGACAUACGGCAACAGCUAGUCCACACGACCCCCCAAGUCAACUGGAAACCUGUCCAAGGCGCACCCUCGCCAUUGAGACUCGACAAUCUCGACCAACUCAACGACCUCGGAAACACCAGUGUCUUCUUAACAUCCAUCGAGGGCAUCGACGCUGAUCCGCAGCCGGCAUGGUUCCGCGGUGUGACUCCGGACGAGAACGGCCAGACGAAAGACGCAGUCGCGUCGACUAUUAUCGUCCGUGAGCAUGGAGAUAGCAUCGUAGACGCAUUCUACUUUUACUUCUACGCGUAUAACCAAGGAAACACUGUCCUGGGAAUGGAAUUCGGGAACCAUAUCGGAGACUGGGAACACAACAUGAUCCGCUUCGAAAACGGAACCCCCAAAGCCCUCUGGUACAGCCAGCACUCCAACGGCCAGGCUUUCACCUACGACGCCACAGAAAAGCAAGACAAGCGACCACUCGCAUACUCCGCCAAAGGCACUCACGCCGUCUACGCUACAGAAGGCAACCACGACCACACCAUCCCACACCUCAACCUCCCCGCAGGCUUCCUCGUCGACACCACCGAAAAAGGCAUCCUGUGGGAUCCCGUGCCCAACGCAUACGCCUACAGCUACAACGACGCCGACGCAUCCUUCCACCCCUAUGACCCCGUCUACCCCGUCAGCUGGCUGCGGUUCAACGGGCGGUGGGGCGACGAUGCCCUCCCUGGGGGACCGUCAUUGUUUGGACAACCGAAGUAUGCGGCGGGGCCGAAUGGGCCGCAGUUUAAGAAUAUUGUGCGCGAGAAUGUGUGUCCUGAUAAGCCUUGUGUUGUGUUGCCUGUGAGGGUUUGGGGGGUGAAACAGUAG